CCAUGAAUAUUCGCUGUGCUAAACCUGAAGAUUUAAUGGCAAUGCAACAUUGCAAUUUGCUAUGCCUGCCCGAAAACUAUCAAAUGAAAUAUUACUUCUAUCACGGACUUACAUGGCCACAACUUAGCUACGUGGCCGAAGACGAUAAGGGCAAUAUUGUCGGUUAUGUUUUGGCUAAAAUGGAAGAACCCGAAUCCGGUGAGGAUAGCAAACGUGGCCACAUUACAUCACUGGCCGUUAAACGUUCCUAUCGUCGUUUAGGUUUAGCUCAAAAACUUAUGAAUCAAGCAUCCAAAGCAAUGGUGGAGUGUUUCGAAGCACAGUAUGUUUCGUUGCAUGUCCGCAAAAGUAAUCGUGCCGCCUUAAACCUCUAUACCAAUACGUUGAAAUUUAAAAUCAUAGAAAUUGAGCCCAAGUACUACGCCGAUGGUGAGGAUGCAUAUGCUAUGCGAAGAGAUUUGGGUGAAUUCGCUACAACAAAGUCUGAUAAUAUAGAAAAUCAAGAAAACAAUCAAGAUAACAAUAAAAUACAUUAUCGCGAAUCUGGUACAGCAAAUCAUCAUGAUCACCAUAAUCAUGAUGGUCAUUGUUGUUAGAAUAAUAGGGAGU